CUCUCCGGCGAGAAUAUCAUGCUCGUAGGUUAACUGCCAGGGUCUCGGGCCACUUGAACCCGUGCGCGGUGACCUAAACCCAGUCAUCAAACGUUGCCUCCCCAAGGCGGGCUUUUCUCCGUGCCCGUCCUCAUGCUGCAGCAGGCCAUCGCCUCAAUGGCCAGCGUCAAGGCCAUCGGCGAGAAGCAGGCUAAGGAGGACAAGAUCAAGCUCGUCCUGGAGAUCCUGGGCAUCGCCUUCGCCUUCCUCCCCUUCCUGGACGACCUCACCCACGAGCUGGAGCUGCUCGACGGCGCCUUCGAGACCGUCGCCCCCAAACCGGCAACGUCGCCCUGGGCAUCCAGAGCAUUGUCUUCGACCCCGCCUCCGACCCCGCCUCCGCCCCCAUGGUGCUCCUGGGUCUCAUUGGGGCGGGGGGCCUGCGCGACGCGGACGACUUCUCGGCCGCGGCCGCCGCGCGUCGCGCCGUGACAGAGGACGAGAUGGAGAGCAUCGAUAAGGAUUUUAGGGCCGAGCAGGACAAGGUUUGACGGUAUCACGGAGCCGAAAUGCCGUGUUAAGUGGAAUGGAUGGUCGGGUUACUGAGAGCGCAGCUUGCCGCGAGGAAUUGGGAUGGUGGCGG